CUCCGCUCACGCGUCUCCUCCCUCUUCCUGCGCUCGGCGCUUCCCGGCGGAGCGGGGACCGGCCGCGCCCGCCGCCGUUAUGGAGUGAAGGAGAGGCCGCGGGGACCGGCCGGACCGGCCGCCCCCGGCCCGCGGCUGCCAGGUGACUGUUCCAAGAUGUCCCUCUGGAACCUCGUGUCCCACAUGGCACCAGAGGAGUUCAGCAGCCUCUCCACGGAGUUUCCCUGGAGCCUGCGCUGCCUCCUGGCCGAGUGGCUGGAGAACCAGCCCUGGGAGUUCAUCAAUGGCUCAGACGCCUUCUGCACCAGCAUGGCCAGCAGGAUGCUCUCGGACAUGCUGGAGAAACUCCGCAGCGCUGCCGGCAGCGAUGGGCAGCAGUGCCAGAUCCUGCAGCAAGUCAGCAGCAUCGAGAGCACCUUCCGCCGGGACCCGCUGCGGCUGGUGGCCGUCGUGAGAGCCAUCCUGGAGGGCGAGAAGGCAGCCGUGCUCAAACGGGACCACCACCUGCCCCUCAGCUUCCACCGGCGGCAGGAGGAGCUGAAGUUCAGCCUGGGGCUGCAGCGGCUGCAGCACCGAGUCCGUGAGAUCCAGGCGCUCCGGGAGGAGGGGCCAGGGCGGGACGGGGCUGUGCAGAGCCCCAUGGCUCCCAGGGAACUGCCCACCCUCAUCCUGGAGGCUGUGAAGGAGCUGGAGGCGGCCAAACAGCAGGUCCUGAAGAGGAUCCAGAUUUGGAAGAGACAACAGCAGCUGGCAGGGAAUGGGGCCAUCUUUGAGGAGAAUCUGGCACCGCUGCAGAAGAGGUGUGAGAACCUGGUCGAGGUUUACUUCCAGCUGCAGCAGCAGGUGAUGGCAGCAAGCACAGAGCUGGGGCCUGAGCUGCUGCCCCGGCUCCUGGAGCGCUUCAACGAGGUGUUGUCCAGCCUGGUCAAGAGCUCCUUCCUGGUGGAGAAGCAGCCCCCACAGGUGCUGAAGACCCAGACCAAGUUCCAGGCGAGCGUCCGGUUCCUGCUGGGCCCGCGGCUGCUGAAGGCAACACCCAAGCCCUACAUAGUGAGGGCUGACAUGGUGACAGAGAAGCAGGCACGGGAGCUGGAGCUCAGCAACUACAGCAACACCCUCAGUGAGAGCACGGGGGAGAUCUUGCACAACAUGGUGGCCCUGGAGACCAACCCCACCAGCGGGAACUGCUGCGCCAACUUCAAAAACGUGCUGCUGAAGAAGAUCAAGCGCUGCGAGCGGAAGGGCUCUGAGUCAGUGACAGAGGAGAAAUGCGCCGUCCUGUUCAGCACCAAUGUCACCUUGACGCCCAGCAACGUCUCCAUCCACCUCCAGGUCCUGUCUCUGCCUAUUGUGGUUAUCGUCCACGGGAACCAGGACAACAAUGCCAAAGCCACUGUGCUGUGGGAUAAUGCCUUCUCUGACAUUGACCGGGUGCCCUUCGUGGUGGCCGAGCGUGUGCCCUGGGACAAGAUGUGUGACACCCUGAACCUGAAGUUCAUGGCAGAGGUGCAGACCACCAAGGGGCUCCUCAAGGAGCACUAUUUCUUCCUGGCCCAGAAGAUCUUCAAUGACCACAGUGCCAGCCCCGAGGACUUCCAGAGCCGCCACGUCUCCUGGGCCCAGUUCAACAAGGAGAUCCUCCCUGGCCGGGGAUUCACCUUCUGGCAGUGGUUUGAUGGAGUCCUGGACCUCACCAAGAGAUGCCUCAAAAGUUACUGGUCGGACAGGCUCAUCAGGGGCUUCAUCAGCAAGCAGUAUGUGUGCAAGCUGCUGAGCAUGGAGCCGGAUGGGACCUUCCUGCUCCGCUUCAGCGACUCCGAGAUCGGGGGCGUCACCAUCGCUUAUGUCAUGCGGGGCAAGGACGGCUCCAGCCAGGUGGAAAACAUCCAGCCCUUCUCUGCCAAGGAUCUGUCCAUCCGCUCCCUCGGCGACCGCAUCCGGGACCUGGGGCAGCUCCGUAACCUGUACCCCAACAUCCCCAAGGACCAGGCCUUUGGGAGUCACUACAACAAAGAGCAGACAGGCAAGGACGGCCGGGGCUACGUCUCCACCGCCAUCAAGAUGACUGUGGAAAGUGAAAGGGACCAGCAGCCUCCAAGCACCAUGGGAGCCCCCCCUGAGGCCCCCCAGGCACCGAUGUUUAACCUGCCCAUGAUGCAGCACGAGCUGCACCCUGAGAAUCUACAGCCACUGCUGGCCCCCAUCUGCCCCCCCACUCCAUUCUGCCCCCAGCCCAUGCCCACGAGCUACCCCACGGUUGAGAGCAACAUCAUGAUGGUGCCCGACAGGCUCACACCCCCCCUUCCACAGGUAGGAGCAGGGCAGGGUGGGGGGCAGGGUGGACACCCCUCCACCCUCAGCAGGGUCGGGGGUGUUCUCCCCUCUCUGAGUGCUCCUGCUCCCCACAGCCCAUCACCAAUGCUCUCGCCUCCCUCGCUGUCCCACUGCCAGGACCCUGCCUUCAGGACACCUGGACCCUUCAUGCCCAGCCAGUACAUGCCCGGGGAGGUCUCGCAGCUGCUGCCCGCGGGUCCCUCUGCGGAGCCGCAGGACGAAGAAAUGCCCGAGCUGCCCCCGUUCCAGCCCGUGGAGGAAGCGUCGCUGCAGAGCCCUCCGCGGUGGAUGUCGCCCAGCAUGGAUCAGCCAUCAGCCUCAGAGUUGGAGCAGCUCCUGGAGGUGCCCCUGUUGCCCCCCUUCGCGCCCCUCCCGCAGCACAGCGGGUACCCCAAUUCCAGCCUGUCCUCCUGGGGGCUGGGGGACGCGCGCUGGGAUGACAGCAUCCGGCCGGGACACGCGUGAGGAGGCUCCUGGUGGAGGGGGGGGCGUGACAUCGGACUGGGACCCCCCCCUCCACUCCCUCCCAGCCUUGCCUGGGUUCAUGGACUUGCUACGACUCCUGCAGGAGUGGAAACUACAGCUGGGAAAGGCGGGGUUGAGGGGAUUUGGGGUAACCCCCGCCCCCCCCCCCCGCCGCUGCCCGGGGUCCGCGGGUGAGGGGGUGCGGGCGCAGGGGGCCCCGUCCUGCGUGGGGGGCACCGGCAGCCGCACGCGGUGCCCCCAGCCCACGCCCGCCGGGAUGAGUCACCGCGGGGGCGGGAGGCGGCAGCGCGAACGGCGCCGGGGCGGAGGUGCCAGCCCGGUGCCCCCGGCGAGAUGGGGGGGGACACCGGGACCCCCAUGGAAGGGGGACACGGCCACCCCGCACCCCCGCAGUCAGCGCUUGCUUUGGGGUUUUGAGCUGUUCGUCACCCCCUCUCCCCCCCCACCUCCAGGCUGGAGCAGGGGGGUAGGAAGAUAAGCCAUAAAAUAAAGUUUUAUUCCAAAAUAACAAAAUAAAUAAUCUACUGUACACGGUACAAA